CGGAAGCAGGAAGUGGGACCAAAACAAAGGAGCGGCGGCCGGGAGCGGACGUGUUUUUCCGGGUCUCCCUACCGCGUCCCGCCCGGUCCGAGCCGCCCACCCCACGGAGCCGUGCCGCCAUGUCCAACAUGGAGAAACACCUGUUCAACUUGAAGUUUGCGGCCAAAGAGCUGAGCCGGAGUGCCAAGAAAUGCGACAAGGAGGAGAAGGCCGAGAAGGCCAAGAUCAAAAAGGCCAUCCAGAAGGGCAACAUGGAAGUGGCGCGGAUCCACGCCGAGAAUGCCAUCCGCCAGAAGAACCAGGCGGUGAACUUCCUGCGGAUGAGCGCGCGGGUCGACGCGGUGGCGGCCCGGGUGCAGACGGCCGUCACGAUGGGCAAGGUGACCAAGUCGAUGGCGGGCGUGGUGAAGUCCAUGGACGCCACGCUGAAGACCAUGAACCUGGAGAAGAUCUCCGCGCUGAUGGACAAAUUCGAGCACCAGUUCGAGACGCUGGACGUGCAGACGCAGCAGAUGGAGGACACGAUGAGCAGCACCACGACGCUGACCACCCCCCAGAACCAGGUGGAUCUGCUGCUCCAGGAAAUGGCAGACGAGGCGGGCCUCGACCUCAACAUGGAGCUGCCGCAGGGCCAGACGGGCUCCGUGGGCACGAGCGUGGCCUCAGCCGAGCAGGACGAGCUCUCCCAGAGACUGGCCCGCCUCCGGGACCAGGUGUGAUGGCGCGGAGCUUUUCUUCCGGAACGCUCUCCCGAUGCUACAUCCCUAGAAGCAUGCCGAAACGCCCUUCUUCCUGCCUCCGGGCUUACGGCUCUCCGCGUACGUGAAGAAAUUCCAGUCUCUCUCCACUCCUAACUGGAGUUCAAAGUUCCGUAUAGCUUGUGAUAAUGUGCGUUUUUAUAGCUGCCUUUUUAAAAAGAACUCGUUAAUUUGCAAUGUAGGAAUCUCGAAAAUUCAGACAGAACUCUGGUCCUCGUGUAUUCAGUUUUCCACUUAGGAUGAUCAGAUUCAAGUUUUAUUUUGAUGGGGUCGAUGCAUAGAUGUUACAGGCGGCGCAUAAAAAUUAAAGGGGAGUGAUUACUUCUUUUGGUUACCAAGACUACACUUUGUUCAACUUAUUCAGUGGGCUGGUGUGCACAUUCUUUGUUUUUACUAUCAAGACUGCAAUUGACCUAAUUUAUUCUCCUAAAUUAUACCUUAGAAGAUUUUUGUAUAAUAUUCUCUUGCUGUUUACAUUGUGUAACCCAUAUGAUUAUGGAGUUUGUGUAAGUGGGAAAAAUGCCACGUAAUUUCGUUUCUUAUCAGGAAAAUUAAAUCUAUCCACUUAUCUUUUCUGUUUACCAAAUAGUUUUUAUGAAGAGUUAGUAAGUUUAACAUUUAACGUUUCCUAGUUUUCCUAUGGCAACACUUUUAUCAGAGUUCUGACAAGUGUCAGGAAUGUGUGUUAAUUAGCAUGGCAGUUACUUUACACACCUAACAUUGCCAAAGAACUGUUGAUUCCUUGGGGGGAAACCCUGUGACUAUAUGCUUACAGGUUUUGUUUUCAUUUUAACAACCAAAAAUAGAAAUAAAACUAGAGCUGUAUUUUAAGUUCUAAUAUUUGCAUAUAUGAUUUUUAUCUUAAAGCAGCAACUCAAAAAUGUAGUUUGGAAUGUCUUAAGGGCAAAAUGGAAAUGUACAUCCAGCCAGGAAGAUCAGAAGGGUUUGGAAUUGAAGGCAAGGAGAGGCAGAAGGCCUGAUGUACUACCCUCCUCAGGAACUGCAGCUCCCAGUGUGUUCUGUGGCCGAAUUUUGAGGCCAAAGCCACCACAUUCUCGUAGCCUCAAAACAUAGAGGACAGUGACUUUGUUUUACUUGGCAAGUGUAGUAACCUAAGUUAAAUGUAUUCUAAAGGUUGUUGUGUUUUUAUUCCCACUUUGUUUCAAUGGAAGUUUUCUCCAUAAGAGAAUGCCAGUGUUUUAGAAAUUCUUCCAAGCUCCUGCAAAGAUUCAUACUUCUAACAGGCUUUCCAGUGUUUGAGAAACAAACUAGAGGGGAAUGUAGAUGAGUACUGACCUUCCUAGAUGUAGAGUGUUCUCUUUUUCUUGGGUUCUGGGUAUUAUUCAUAAGUCUCCUGGGAGGAACUUACCCAGCCUCUUCUCUUAUAUAGAGCCCUAUAGCAGGCCACUUGGGGUCACAUCCACACAGUUGUGCAAGAGCAGCUGUGUGACGACAGCAUGCCUGGGUUAAUUAUAAUUUCCAAAGUAGCUCAGUGUUGAAUUCUUUGGUAAAUUAAAAGCCCUUUUAUACUGCUGAUAUUCCCAUCAAAAUAUAUUUUGUGAGAUUAAACAAUGCUGUAUAUGCUUUAACUUUCUUAAAAUAUGUUCAUUUCAUAAUGAAUGUACAUUUCUAUGGAUCAUAAACACUAUUUUCAAAAGCA